AUGUCGUGUGUGGCAGCACGUACGGGGCGACAACGACAACGUUACGAGGACAACAUGCGCCUCGUCUCUGGAUGUAUUCCCUAUAGAUGGAUAAAGGGAAAAGUGGAUCAAAAUGAAGAUACAGAGGAGAUAAUAGAAGUGCUAAUGGUUUCUUCACCAAAACGUGAUGACCUUGUGUUUCCAAAGGGAGGAUGGGAGGAUGAUGAAACUGUUGCAGAAGCUGCUUGUCGUGAAGCCCUAGAGGAAGCAGGAGUUAAAGGGAUUGUAAGAGAAAUUCCCUUGGGAAGAUGGGAGUUCAGAAGCAAAAGCAGCAAUGAUUCACGUAGCCAAGAAGGAUGGUGCAGAGGGUACAUGUUUGCCUUAGAGGUAACUGAAGAACUUAAGACUUGGCCAGAGCAGAAAGACCAUAAUCGCCACUGGGUGAACAUAAAAGAAGCAUUCAGACUAAGCCGAUAUGACUGGAUGUGCAAGGCAUUGGAAGUGUUCUUAAGAGUUAUGGCAGAAGACAGAAAGCUAAAGAAGGAGGAAAACACUGUUGAUUCUUCUUCAAUGUCAGUUCUAGAUGUGUCAGAAAGUCAAAAUGUGUCAUCCAAAUGCUAUAAAAGAACCCCUACAACACCACACCACAGUAUAUCUUCAAGAACCAAUAUCCUGGCCCAUGCUUCCCAGGAGAUAGCUAUUCACUUUAUGUGA